AUGGCGCUACCUCUCAUGGGGAUGUCCUCCUUCAACAUCACUAUACCCGCUUUAUCCGAGGCUCCCGCCGCCGCCAUAUCCGUACCCAAAGCCCCUUCGCCUACAGAAUCAUCAUCGUUCUCAAAGCCGAGCUUGGCCAGAGACCGCCGGGUACGGCCCAGGAAGAAGCGUGCUGCUAUUCCGAGCCCUUUAACACGAUGUAAUAUCAACAACUACCACGAUGCCACACAGCACGACAUUCGCGAUACCUCUGCUGUCCCUACCCCUGCUGGCAGCGCUGCCUCAAGCCCGCCAGAGAGUCCGUUUCUUCAGACCCCCGCCUUCCGCGCAGAGAGCCUGCAGAAAUUCGACUUCGAGGAUGACCACGUUCACAAAUAUCGCGCCGUCUCAAUCACCGGGCCCACACGCCUGCAUACCGCGACGCGGCCGCUUUCAGUCUACACAUACACCACGCCGCGUAAGGCCAACAGUGACUCGCCCUCUCCCCCUCGCAUCCCCUUGAGCACCUUCCACGCCCAAUAUCCUCCGUCAUUCGUAGACAUGGCAACCACCCACCUGCAUCUUUAUCCCUGGAACGACUACAGCACCGAGGUUACGUCGCCGAACAACCGCCACAGUUUCCGGUUCGACGACUCCGAUGCACUCAUGGACCUUGCGUUCUCAAGAUCCUUUGACGAUUUGUUGCUAUGUUUGGAUGAUGAGAUCGAGUGGAAUAGAGUCGAUAGGAGGGAAUGGAGGGAGCGGGUUGAAGGAGUUGUCGGGGAGGGUGUUGAAUAUUGGGAUGAUCAGGCGUUUAUGUGA